AUGGUAACCCCGGUUAAACGUGUCCCAAUUCAUCUUCAAAGUGCACAAAACAGAUUAAUUAUCAAGAAUGGGACACUUGUCAAUCAUGACGGAGAAGAGGAGGUCGAUAUUUAUAUAGAGGCUGGUGAGCUGGGCUGCCUGUGUAUGCUCUAUGCUGAGAAUGGGGCAAUCAUCAAGGAGAAUGAGAUGAAAGUGUUGAAGGCAGGUGUGGAGGGACCUGAAGGACAUGCUCUAGCACAUCCAGAGGAAGCACAGACUGAGGCUGUAAUGCGAGGCUGUGUGCUAGGUAAUACAACUGAUUGUCCGAUCUAUCUGGAGAGUUUAAUGAGCGGAGCUGCAGCAGAUAUUCUUCGCAAACGAAAGGAGAAAGGCUAUGUAGUAGUUGGCGAAUCUACAGCAGCAGCUCUAGCUGUAGAUGGAGCUAACUACUGGCAUAAGUCAUGGAGUCACUCCGCCGCACAUGUUUGCACUCCGCCUUUAAGGGAAGGGGAGGCGGAUAAUCUAGUGAAGGCGGUUGAAGACGGAUCCCUGGAUGUUAUCAGUUCCCAUCACAGGGCAUACAACAGUAAGCAGAAAGCACUUGGUAACAAAACCUUUGUUGAGAUCCCAGAUGGAGUUCCCGGGGUUGAAGAACGACUCAUGGUGCUCUGGACUAAAGCUGUAGUUCCAGGACGUAUCUCCAGGUCCCAGUUCGUAUCCCUGGUCUCCUCCACCCCAGCUAAACUACUCAAUAUCUACCCACAAAAAGGACGGAUUGAGGUUGGAUCUGAUGCUGACAUUUUAAUCUGGGAUCCAGAGCAGACUAGAACUCUGUCCAAGGCGGAGCACGGUUCCAAGUCGGAUUUCAGUAUCUAUGAGGGACUGGAGGUGACAGGAGUUCCUGAUUUUGUUCUGUGUCGAGGUCGACUGGUUAAGGAUCAGGAGAUUUUCAGACCAAUGCAGGGGUUCGGGCUCUACAGGGAGCUGGAGCCCUUCAGCCCCUUCAUCUUUGACAAGAUGCAGGAGAAAGUGGAAAAAAUGAAGAUUGUUCGGAGGAUAGUGCGGAGGGAUGAGGAGGAUAUGCCGAGGCUGAAUGGUUCAACCCCGGAGGAGAUCCCGCCUCCAGAACCUGUAGAGGAAGAGAAGCCAACCAGUCAACACAGAUCAAACUUCGAUCUUAACUCUCAUCCCGAUACACCAGACUUUGACGAGGUGAGAGCCUCUCCUUCAAGAAGCUCUGUUCGUGUACGGGCGCCUCCUGGCGGCAAAUCUUCAGGAUUUUGGUAGAUUUAUGUAUCGUGACAACAUGAUUUUGGCUGAUUUCUGUCACAUGCCACCAAAAUUUAGGUAAAUUCAUGUCAUGUGACGGUCGAAUUCGGUAGAUUUCUGUUAAGAAACAACAUAAUUUUGGUAGACUUUUGUCACGUGACAACAUCAUUUUGCUGGAUUUCUGUCACGUGACGCAAGAAUUCUGGGAAAUUUAUGUCACGUGACAACAGAAUUUCGAAGAUUUUGGAAAAUGUCUUUUGCCACGUGAAAUAUUAAAAUUUACUUUACACAUACAUUAUUCAUACCCUUAAAUUAUAUAUAUAGUAUAAGUCCAAGUUUUUUUCGCAUUACUGCCUGUAGAUUUUCUCAAAAAAGGUUGAGGAGAGGGGGGGGGGGUGCUAUAUGUUUAUUUAAUGUGCCGAAAACGUGCUACUUUCCUUAUUUUUAUACUUCUGCUUUUAUCUAGUUUAAGUAUAGGGAGUUCAUACACUUAAAUAAUUAAAUCUAAAAUUUCUCAUUUAUAUCGGAAAACUUUAGUUUUUAAUCAUUUAUUCAAAUUUUCAGCUCUUUUUUAUAUCAACUCUACUGAUCUUUGUAAUUUCAAUGCAUUGUACACAGGGUUUCAAUCGGAAUUCUGUUGCGCGGAAUUGCGUGGAAUUAAAGAGCUUUCAAUAGCACGAAAGUAAAAUUCACUUAUAAUAAUUGUACAGUUUUGCAAUUAUCAAAUUAUAAGAAGCUCGAAAGGUGGGAGGGGGAUUGGUAGGUUUUUAGUAUUUUAACAGCCUUUUCCCUAUACAUGAAGUGUAUCGUUAAAAGCUCGAUUUUAAAGGACAAUUCUGAAACCAAAAAUGCAAUUUUUUAAGCUUUUUUAUUCUAUAAACUACGCAUAUUUUAAAUAUUUGUAUGUAAGAGUUUCUGAAAAACUUCCCCUGCACAAUUUUAACAGUUUUUAAUUUAAGAAAAAGUUGAAUAAAGACAAAUUUACAAUAUGUUUUUAAAUUUAAAAUUUUUUACAAUUAUGUCAUGGAUUUUAUACACUUUUGUAGUGCUAAAGCACAGUUACGCAUUCAGUAUUUUUGAACCAAAAAUGUUUUUUAAAUAUUUUUUUAUGUACUCUUGUUUUAUUUUACUUAUUUCUCACCCUAAUUAUUUGCUAGUCUAAAAAUAUUAAUCAUUUUGUUAACCUUUUUUAACCUAGUUUACUAAUUUAUUUCUUUAAAAUUGAAUCUUUUGACUGAAUAAGUUUUUAUUUGCACGUUUAAUUGAAUGUUUAUGUACUAAAAUCAUAAGUAUCGAAAAUAUAAUAAAUGUUAAAAGAAAAAA